CAAUCUAGUCUAUAUAUCGGUUCCAGGACAGCCAGGGCUACAUAAUGAGGUCCUGCCAGAAAAAAAAUGGAGCCAAUAUAAUUAUGAAAUGAACAUGUGUAUCAUACAAGUAUGAAGGAAAUAUGAAUGUUGUAUAACUUUCAUAUCAAAAUUACCUCUAAAAGUUGUAAAGACAUAUGCAAAACAAAACACCAUAAAAAUAAAAUUGUAACAAUUUAUAGAGUGUGUACAAACCAAAAUUUUAAAUGAUUUAGGUUAAUGUUAAACCAAAAUGUUUGGGAAAUUAAUGCAGAAAUAUCAUCCCACUUCAUUUACAACUCAGACAUCCACAAUGGUCAUUGUUUUUGAAGUAUAAAUGCAAGAAAAUACUUAGAAAGUUUUAAAUCACAAUAAGAAGCGAAUACUAUUUUCUUUAUCAAUCAUCGAUAAUCAAAUAUUUCAUGGGGGCACACGAGUAGAGAACCAAGUACUCCGGAGGCUGGGGCAGGAUUGCUUGAUCCAGAUCAGCCUAACGACUCCAUUUCUGUAAGACACUUUCUCGAAAGAACAAAAGGAGGGAAGGAGGGAAGAAGGGGUGGAGAAAGAAAGAAACAAAGAAGAAAAACGAAGAAAGAAAGACGGGGAAGAGAAGAGGGCUUGAGAAAGGAGCAGAGAGAAGGAAGGAAUGUAAUGUUUCAGAUGGUGUAGUAACGAUUCAGGACUCUGAGCGCCGCUGUUCACCAACUGAAAGAAAUACUCCGCGCUCCAUCCGGAUUUUCACGUCAGCGACUACACAAAGCCCUGCGUACCCUACAAACUGGCUCCCGGACUAUAGCAACAAUCAACCUUUUAACUUGGAGCGCUCUGACUUUCUCCUGAGGAAUGAGUAUCAUCGGACAGUUGUAGGAAGAAAAGAAGGCCUAGGGAGUAAGUGGGCACAAAGGGAAUUCUGAGAAAAUUCCGUAGCAAAAGCAACAAUGGCUGCCGGGACCAGACGCCCGCCCUGCGGAAGACUCGCCCUCCUGUGCGCGCUGCUGGGGAUGCUGUGGGAGGCCAGCGCCAGGCAGAUCCGCUAUUCAGUGCCGGAAGAGACAGAAAAGGGCUAUGUAGUGGGAAAUAUCUCUAAGGACCUGGGACUAGAGCCCCGUGAGCUCGCGGAGCCCGGAGUCCGCAUCAUCUCCAAAGGUAAGACCCAGCUUUUCUCUCUGAACCCGCGAAGCGGCAGCUUAGUCACCGCAGGCAGGAUAGACCGGGAGGAGCUCUGCGCCCAGAGCGCGCCCUGUCUCCUAAGCUUUAAAGUCCUGGUUGAAGACAGAGUGAAACUUUAUGGGGUGGAAGUAGAGGUGCUUGAUAUCAACGACAAUGCGCCGAAAUUUGAGGCCGAAAAUUUGGUAGUAAAAAUCAGCGAAAUCGCUGCCCCUGGAGCACGGUAUCCACUCCCAGAAGCUGUUGAUCCAGAUGUGGCCAUGAACUCCCUCCAGAGUUACCAGCUCAGCCCCAACCAACACUUCUCUCUCCACCUGCAAACCGGAGAUGAUGGAACUAUAAACCCAGAGCUGGUGCUGGAGCGCACCCUGGACCGAGAGGAAGAGCCCAUUCACCACCUGGUCCUCACGGCCUCCGAUGGCGGCGACCCUCGCCGCUCCAGCACAGCGCUCAUCCAGGUCACAGUGUUGGAUACAAACGACAAUGCCCCUGUUUUCGACCAACCAGUUUACCGCGUGAAAGUCCUUGAGAACGUGGCCCCGGGCACCCUGCUGCUCACAGUGAGAGCUAGCGACCCGGAUGAGGGUGCCAAUGGAAAGGUGACGUAUAAGUUCCGGAAAAUUAAUGACAAACAGUCCUUGUUAUUCCAUCUUCAUGAAAACACCGGAGAAAUGACAGUAGCGAAAACUCUGGACUAUGAAGAAUGUUCACUGUAUGAAAUGGAGAUUCAGGCCGAAGAUGGUGGGGGACUGAAAGGGCGGACCAAAGUAGUAAUUAUGGUAGAAGAUGUAAACGACAAUCGGCCGGAAGUGACCAUUACAUCUCUUUUUAGCCCGGUGAGGGAAGAUGCGCCUCCAGGGACGGUAAUCGUUCUUUUCAAUGCACAUGACCAAGACUCAGGGAAGAAUGGUCAAGUUGUCUGUUCCAUCCCGAAGAACCCUUCUUUUAAAUUAGAAAACUCAGUAGAUGAUUACUAUAGGUUGUCGACAGCCCAGACUCUUGAUCGAGAAAAAGCUUCCGAGUACAACCUCACAGUGACCGCAACAGACAGAGGAAGCCCAUCCAUGUCCACAGAGAUUCACAUCACCCUGUAUGUAGCUGACAUCAAUGACAAUCCACCUGCCUUCUCUCAAACCUCCUACUCAGUCUACCUCCCUGAAAACAACCCCCGAGGCACCUCCAUCUUCUCGGUUACCGCCCACGACCCGGAUGACAAUGAGAACGCUAAGAUUACUUAUGCUUUGGUGGAAAACACCAUCCAGGGAGCACCACUCUCCUCCUACGUCUCCAUUAACUCUGACACCGGUGUGCUCUAUGCUCUGCAAUCCUUUGACUAUGAGCAGUUUCGAAAUCUGCAAAUGCAGGUGACGGCAAGUGACAGCGGCCGUCCACCACUCAGCAGCAAUGUGUCCCUGACCGUGUUUCUAUUGGAUCAGAAUGACAAUGCUCCCAAGAUCCUGUACCCCUCCCUCCCAACUGAUGGCUCCACCGGGGUGGAGCUGGCUCCCCGCUCAGCAGAGGCCGGAUAUCUAGUGACCAAGGUAGUGGCGGUGGACAAAGACUCUGGACAGAAUGCUUGGCUGUCCUACCGUCUGAUCAAGGCCAGUGAGCCCGGACUUUUCACAGUGGGGCUCCGCUCAGGCGAAGUACGCACGGCUCGGACCCUGCUAGACAGAGAUGCUCUCAAGCAAAGCCUCGUGGUAGCUGUUCAGGACCAUGGUCAGCCCCCUCUUUCUGCAACCGUCACUCUGACAGUGGCUGUGGCAGACAGCACCGACAUCCUGGCUGACUUGGGUGGUAUCAACACUCCUGCGGACCCUGAUUCUGAUAUCACGCUCUACCUGGUAGUAGCAGUGGCUGUGGUCUCCUGUGUCUUCCUAGUCUUUGUACUGGUGCUGCUGGCCCUUAGGCUAAGGCGCUGGCACGCUUCGCAUCUGCUGCAGGCUACACCGGGUGGAUUGACUGGGGUGCCACCAUCACAUAUUGUGGGUGUGCAAGGGGUUCAAGCUUUCCUACAGACCUAUUCUCAAGAGUUUUCCCUCACACCUGACUCUGGGAAGAGUCACCUGAUCUUCCCGCAGCCCAACUAUGCAGACACGCUCAUCAGCCAGGAGAGCUGUGGGAGAAGUGAGCCCUUGUGCGGUUCAGUUGAGUCCAAGUUCCUAUCGAUGACACUCCUUUGGUUCCUGUGAGUUUGGGUUUUCCCUUUACUGUUUAUGAUAAUUACCUCUCUGCUUUCAUGUUGCCUACGUUGAUAGUUAAGUAUUUGUAACCACUCAAGUUUUCACUGAGUCUAGGCUUUCAGUUUAUUGGUCAGACAUCGCUGAUAUGAUUUCACUUUCUUAUCACGAAACUCUUGUCGAUGGAGGCAGUUCUGAUUAUCCUGCAUGGAUGGGCUGUUUGGAUAGAGCUGCUUGGUUGGUCACAGUGGCUCUCUACUAUCUCUUCAGCUGGAGUUCUCUUCCUGACAUUAACUGAUCAUUAUUCCUAAUGCCCCUCAUUGCAGUUCCUGCUCCUAACACGGUUUCUAGUGCGACACUUUUGUAAGGGUGAACUAAUAAGUGCCCCUUUCUCAGAGAAACAGCCAAAAACCCACAGUCUCUGCCCCCCCCUUUCUAUUUCUACGACAGGAAAACACCUCGAUGAACUGUUUCUAUUUGUGCUUAAAGAUCUUUUUUGAGGGUGAGUCAAGCUUCAGCUAUCAUUUCAAAACCCCAGCAAAGCCCUUUUUGCCUUUUCUUCUUUUAAUGAUGAAAAUUAUAGCAUCCUUUAUAGUAAUAGCAUCAAAGGCUUAGGUUUCCAAAUGCUAUAGCAUCAAGUUAUGAAAAACAGCUUGACACUCUUCUUUCAAGUGUAUGCUUGUCUAAGAGAAGUUGCUAAUAUGGGGGAUUAAAAAUUUGUCAAAUAUAGGGGAUUAAAUUUUGGUUCCGGCUCGAUCUCCAAUCUCAGGGAGUAGCUAGGAUGUGAGUGAGAAACUGGUCUCAUGACAUGCUGCAGGAGAUUCUGAAAAGAUUUUCCUGGAUUUUAGCUAUUAGGAAAAAUAAUGUAUUACUUGGUUUUUAAACAUAAGGCCAGCGUUCAAGUAACAGAUGGCAUGCAGGAGAACACUUGAACGUAACUCUGGAGCAUUGCUCAGUGGUUGAGGAGUUGCCUAUCCUGUGUGAGACACUCAGUUUAACCUGUGUAUGCAAAGAAAGGGAAAGAAACAAAACUUUCAAAUGUCUAUUCUAAGCCUGGUGCAUGCCUUUAAUCCCAGCA